AGACAUAACCAUGAGUUUACGAUAAAAAAUCAUUUCGACACACCUAUCCCCAGAAAUUCAUAAUAACACACAUAUCUCAGAUUAUUAACCCACUUCACCGACCACUGUACCACUACCUUGGGUGCGCGAGACAAAAAUACCAUUUCUUCCCAUAACAUUUGCUCUAAUUUUGAUAGAUAGAAUUACUUGAUAUGUGAGACGUAUCCACGAUACUAACAACAUACCAGUAAAUUUGUCCGAACACCAUAGUUAUUAAUGAAAAAAAAGAGUAAAGCAUCUAGUGCCUCGAACUAUGUCCAAAUUUGUUACGACACACUCCCAUUUUACAGGGUCCUAUUAUUCCGGAACUCAAUUAUAACUAUUUUUAUCACCACUUUUAGUUAUCGUGAUACUUUCUUGGCUGACGUGACACUUUGUUGGUUACACAAUUUACUAAAUGCUUGUGUGAAGAAAAAAAUCAAUCUUGGGUACACAAUUUAAACAUCAAGAACCCCCGGGUAAUAAGACUUCAUCAUUUCAUUCUUGACUUUGGGGGUUGGCAAAAACUACUUUUUCUUUUACUUACCCUUUGUUAGAAUUUGAUUAAAGAAGCAAAGGGGUGUGAUUCAAUGUAUCCAAGAUUGAUUCAGUCUGGACAAGAAGAUGAGUAUAUACAACAUCAUGGGUGUGAUGUUAAUGUUGUUGGGAUUCAUCAUCAAAGGGUAAAUGGAGGAGACCCUUGUCUUGUUCUAACUUCAGAUCCUAAACCUCGUCUCAGAUGGACUGCUGAUCUUCAUGAACGAUUUGUUGAUGCUGUUACUCAACUUGGGGGUCCAAGUAAAGCUACCCCAAAGGCGAUAAUGCGGACAAUGGGUGUCAAGGGACUAACUCUUUUCCACCUAAAGAGUCACCUUCAGAAAUAUCGACUAGGUAAGCAAUCUCAGAAAGAUCUUGAUGAGGCUUUGAAAGAUGGACUUACAGCUACGUAUUCGUUAGAAAGCCCUUGUUCUGGUGGUACUCCUCAGCAAUUGCCUGCAUCGGACUUGAAUGAAGGUUUUGAAGUCAAGGAGGCAUUGAGAGCUCAAAUGGAAGUGCAAAGUAAAUUGCACCUGCAAGUUGAA